CCGCUCUCCACUCUCUCCGCUGCGCCAGUCCGCCUCACUGACUCGCAGAACCAGUUGGUUUGGCCCAGCUUCUUCUUCUCCUUGCUUUCUCUCAGUGUGUGCUGCUGCUGUUGUUGCUGCCUGGUGUCAACCUACGCCGACGAGAGAAGAAGACAUAUCCCUCCCUCUCCUCUGUCAGAGGGCCGCUUCCAAUUUGCCUUCACUUUCCUCCUCGCCGGCUCCAUUGGCUUCCGCGCCGUGCCAGUCAACUCGCCUCCUUCUCCCAGCCCGAGUUGAGCAGCAACAGCUCGGAAACAUCUGGCCGCCGCAGAGUGGUAGACUCCCCGUCCCUCCGCCUCGCUCGCUCGCCUCGGCUGCCUGUUAUGGAAAUUAGUCCAAAGUCAAUCUAGUUUUGUCUCCGAAGGGAAAAAACAAGGAGGAUUUGACGGAGGAAGACGUCGGACCGUGUUGUCUAGAGAGCGAGCGAGGAAGAGAGAGAGAGCAAGCGAGGAAGAGAAAGAGCAAGAAAGAAAGAGAGAGAGAGAGAGAUACAAAGCCAUUCCCAGCCAGAGAGCCAAGCUAUUCUGCUACAGUGGAGUUAAUCAAGUUGAUGCAUACUGCUGCAGGUUAUGAGGACGGCAAGAUGGAGUUCCCAGACCACAGCAGACAUUUACUUCAGUGUCUAAGCGAGCAGCGGAACCAGGGCUUCCUGUGUGACUCCACGGUGCUGGUGGGAGAUGCCCAGUUCCGGGCCCACCGUGCCGUGUUGGCCUCCUGCAGCAUGUACUUUCACCUCUUCUACAAGGACCAGCUGGACAAGAGAGACGUGGUGCACCUCAACAACGACAUUGUCACAGCCCCGGCUUUUUCCCUGCUCCUGGAGUUCAUGUAUGAGGGCAAGCUGCAGUUCCAGGACCUUCCCGUAGAGGAUGUGCUGGCAGCGGCCAGCUACUUGCACAUGUAUGACAUUGUCAAGGUGUGUAAGAAACGUUUGAAGCAGAAGUCCCCGACGGAGGCAGACAGCACGCGCAGAGAAGAGGAUGGUGGGUCCAGCUGCUCCGAUAAGGCCGACAGUCUAUCAGAUGGUUCGACAGGCCGGCCUGCUACUGCCGACCUGCUGCACAGUGAUGAAGAGGAGGAGGUGAAGGCCGAGGCAGGACCACUGUGGCUGCGGCUGCCAUCUGCAGACAGAACAGGGACACCAGCCAUGGCUACAACCAGCCCAGGUCAGGGCGAGGUGGAGCUGCAGGGUGGGGAAGGGUUGAGGGAGGGAGGAAAGCGGCUCUCCCCGGCCGGCAGCCCCACCAGCUCCACUGGAUCCCUCUCACAGCGGUCCCACCGCUCCGUGAGCUCUCGUGGAGGGCAAAGGGGCAGGAGGGUGUCGAAUGAUGCGGCUGACUGCGUCCUGGACCUGUCAGUCAAGCCGAUUUCCGGUAGCAUCCACAGUAACCACCACCAGUCCUAUUACAGCGGGGCAGCUACACCAGACAGCCUCCAAAGUCCAUUGGCUGUGAGGGUGAAGGUGGAGAGGGGUGUGGCUUCGGACGAGGAUGAGGAACUGGGAGGUGGGGAAUAUGACAUGGAGCACAGCGGCAUCACCAAGGCGACGGUUCCCAUCACCAACGGGGGCCUGACCCACCACGGGGUCGGCGGGCCACUGUCGGCCCAGCGGCGGCUCGGCCUGGAAGCGCACCUGUCCGCUCUGCGAGAGGCCUCCCUGGCCUCGGAGCGGGACGAGAAGCCUUCGGCCACAGCAGACGACGAGGACAUACUUGGGGGUGACAAUGAGCGCGCCCAGGCCGAGGUGGCCAGCAUGGAUAGUUCCCUGCUGCCCUACGUCUCCAACAUGCUGUCAGCUCAACACACCCAGAUCUUCAUGUGCCCGCUAUGUAACAAGGUAUUCCCCUCCCCGCACAUCCUCCAGCUUCACCUCAGCUCCCACUUCAGGGAGCAGGAGGGCAUCCGCUCCAAGCCCGCUGGAGACGUCAACGUGCCCACCUGCACCAUCUGCAGCAAGACCUUCUCCUGCAUGUACACGCUGAAGCGCCACGAGCGGACACACUCCGGUGAGAAACCCUACACCUGCACCACCUGCGGCAAGAGCUUCCAAUACUCACACAACCUCAGCCGCCACGCAGUGGUGCACACACGUGAGAAGCCGCACGCUUGCAAGUGGUGCGAACGGCGCUUCACGCAGUCCGGGGACCUCUACCGACACAUCCGCAAGUUCCAUUGCGAACUGGUCAACUCGCUGUCAGUGAAGAGCGAACCGCUGGCACUGCCUAAUGUCAGGGAUUGGGCGAUUGAGGACAGCUCCCAGGAACUGUGGAAGUAGAAACAGACUGCUGGGUAUGAUAAAGGGAAAGAGAGCGGAGAGUGAAAGAAGGGCAGAGAGGCAUGGGGAGGUGAAAGGGAGAAGGCAAAGUCUGAUAUUUGGGGUUCAAGUGAGUCAUGUUCUUGUGUGUCGCAAAAUCUCAUUCAAUUGCACUUUAAUAGCACAUGAAAAUGUUACUACUGAGUUUUUUGUUGUUGCUGUUUGGGGUAAUUUUGUUUUUAUUUUAUUUUAUUCUGAACUCUUAUUUUUAUUUGCCGUAAGUUCUGUUUGGUGGUUUUCAUUGCGUCUAAGGACAAGGGUCCCACUGACAAUGUCUCGCCUUCUCGAAGAGUUUUCACUCCGUUUGUGUUUCAUCUCAGACAAAACACUCCGACGCUGGCCAGCGUAUCGGCCCCAGAUCCACAGACCGCAAACGCCACUACAGGAGUUCAGGUCGAACACACUGAAGUGAAAAAGCAUUACAAUACACUAAACGGGUACUGUGAUCACCACACACACAGUUUGAAGAAGUGUGUGUGUGUGAUACUGCACUACUCUGGCAAAAAUUUCACCUGACGUGCGUGAGUGUGUAUGAGUGUGUUUUGUGUGUAUUAAUUUUAUUUUCUACUGGCAUGGAGGUGUCGUUGGCGAAGCGCUCCCCGCUUCUCUCGUUAAGCUCUUUGGUGUUGUGUGUUCAGGGUAAAGCUGGCUGACUGACAGACUAACUGAUGGCACUCAUGCAAUGCACAGCCUCUUUUUUUCACUUCCAAUCAAUUUGAAGUAUUUUCUAAAAAUGGAAAGACCUUUACAAAUUAUUAUAAUUAUUAUUAUUGUUAUUAAUAGAAUUUUUUUCUUAAAUAUAGCUGGCAGUCUUUAAAACAUCUCUUGUUGAAAAGGUAUUUAAUUUAAGGUUGUUGUAAAUUGUUCUGCUAUAGUUUUAGAAUUUAAAUCCGUUUAAUUUUUUUUUUUAAAUUAAUGAUUAUUAUUACUAUUAUUAUUAUUUUGUUACUUUUUUUGUAAUGGGACCUGCUGUUGUUGCAUGACGUCCAAACCUGUAUAUUUUAAAAUACAAAUGUGAAUUUGCUGUAUUACUGUACACAUUGUAAUUGAUCAAAUAUUUGACAACAGGCUUUCAUUUUCUUUUCUUUGUGAAUACUACUCCAGGGUGCAGUCUGUUGAAAAACUGAAUAUUAUGGAAAAAAUGCAUGAAAAUUUGAUUUUGUCUUAAACCUUUUAAGUUGUGGUUUUUGCAUCGGUAGGUGGGGUUGGGGGUGGGGGUGGGGGGGGUGUUGUGUGUUUGAACAUAACACUUUUGACCGUGAAAAGUUGGAUUGUUUUCUACUCGUCGUAGGUCUGUCGCUGGGCUCGUAGAAGAAUGUUACCGAAUGUGUUUCCGUCGGGUGUUGAAGCGAUAUGAUGAAGCAUUUUUAAGCCUGUGUGUAUAUGCACUGAUCUCUCUGCUGCGUGUGUGUGUGUGUGUGUGUGUGUGUGUGUGUGUGUGUGUGUGAGCGUGUGGCUUGGUAAUUACCAGUCAAUUUAACCUACUGAAGAUCUACGUCCACCCAGCACUUCCUCCUCCUGCUCCUCCUCAGGCGUUCAAUUUCUUCACUGCUGUAUGUUUGUUUUCCACCUCUAAUGUCUCCGUCCUGUCUCCAGCUCGAGACGUGGUAAAGCCAUGUCUUAAUUAUUUCUGCUCAUUGGGCACUUACUUCAGGUCUGUUGAGUGCAGUUAUGUGGCUCUGGCUCGGCUAAAGCGUGAAGAAUAACGGGGAGAAACGAAAAGGAGAAACUGAGCUGUCCUGCUGAAAGUUGAAGGGUCAGAUAUCUUUGUACUGAGAUGAGCGGGGGCCGUGCCGAUUCCGUACAAUAACCCACAUUGGACACAGUGACGUGAAUGUGAUAAGACGUGCGUGUAUGUGUGCUCGUGUGUGUUUUCCUCUUAAAACAUAAUUCUUACUUUGAAACCUUUGAGAGAAUUGGCAUGCCUGAAUGCACCUUUUUAAGCUAAAAGACAUAAAAUCAGAUUUCUUUGCUGAAAAGAUGCCUUUAUUAAAAGAACAUGUCCGAUGCUGUGGAAGUAUUUGAUACUGUAGAGCAUUUGGGAAAUUGUUGUUUGAAUCAUAAAUUCAUGGAAUUUAUUGAAUUUGAAAUUAUUCAGAAAAAAAGAUGUCUUAUUAUAUUUUGAUCAUGUGAUUGGGAAAACUCAUUUUGUGUAUGUGAAUGUUUAAGUUGAGGGCUACAUCAGUUUAAUAAUAAUUUAUAGGUUUCUUUUCAACCUCUGUAUCUCAAAUUGUUUUGGUUAGAAUUUCAAAGGAAUGGUCAAGCGUUUAUACAAUCCAAAAACAUUUAAUACAGAGAUACUAAGAAGUGAACGCUCUACAUUUACACUCAGAUGUGUGUGUGUGUGUGUGUGUGUGUGUGUGUGUGUGUGUGUGUGUGUGCACGCCCCCAGUGAUGUGCAUGUGGUGGGUGGGGUGGUUGUAUGUGUUGCCCUGUCAUCUGGUGGCACCUACAGGCUUUGCCAAGGCAACAGUGUGGGUGACAUUGCGACAGUUUGCACCGCAUUGUCUAAUUCUUCUCAAAACGUUAUUUCUUCACUGCAUAUGGGCUCACUCCAUCCUGCUGUUGUUUUCAUCAUUACUGCUGUUUUUUUGUUUUUGUUUUGUUCCUCUGGUUGUACUUGACCGCCUUAAACUGCUGUAGUCCGGGCUGUUUUUAAAAAAUCUUUAAUUUUUAAAGUGUGAACGUGGGGUGGAGUUGUGGGAGCGAUGACAACCGCUUCAAGACGCUGUGAAGUAACCACCCCGACGAAACAUCUCCAUCUUUUGCUGUGCUUACUUGAAAACAAAGGGGGGGAGUUCUAAAAAAUAAAAUGUUCUAAUGUCAUAGACAGACCGUUUAUGGAAGGGGGGAGGGUGGGAUGGGCGUGAAGUGACUGAGUCUGUUUUGAAAAAGGACAAUCACUGUCUGGGGAAAAAAACAAGCAGAUUUUGAUUCAGAUAUAUUUGCUCCCUCUUGAGAUGAAAAAUUUUCUUUGCUUUUUCUUUUAUGUUCCUUUUUCAGAUUUAGUCAUUUUUAGCUUUGACAAUCAUAGUUGGGUUGAUUUUUUUUUCUCAAGGGGAGUAAAUUCUAAUUGUGUUUAGUUUUGUAAUUUUUUGGUGUGCUGUUGUUGACAUUUUUAAAUUGUGUGCAAACUGCAAUAAAUUAUAAGAAUCUUGAAAUUCAA